CUCAAUAAAAUUUAGUUUCAUUUUUGUCUGCUAGUAAUCAUUGUGAAACAUUGGAUCCUUAGCUUGAUCCUUGAUCGGAUCCACACAUUUUCAGACAUAGAUAGCUCAAGGAUCUUUCCGCAUGGGUUCUCUCGACUUGCCUCACUCUUCAUCAUUCAAGGGAGGAAGCGAAACAUUUCUUAGGAAUGUGUUUGAAAAUAUACUGAAGACGUAUCUGAGGAAGAACCCGACGGCGAAGACGAUAUGGGAACUGGUUCAGUCUGUUGACAAUGAGAAGAUCUGCUAUGACCACUUUACUUUCAGGACACUUAAGGUAGAUGGUUAUGGAAUAGAUUCCUUGUCGAGUUUCUUCAUGGAUUAUGGAUAUAAAAUUGGAGGCGGACUUGAUUUUCCAAAGAAGAAAUUACGAGUUCUCUGGUUUUCUCCACCGGAUGCGCAAGUCCCUAAUGACAAUCACGGUCUAGAAAAUGGUCCUUUGCCGCGGCUUGUUAUAGCUGAGGUUCUUGUGGACGAACUAAGCCUUGAAUCACAGGGGAUAGUAAAGAAGUAUUUGAAACCACAAGGUGGUAAGCAAGCCGUUCUUUCAAGUACUUUAGGAUCUUUAAUUUGGGAGAAGCCUACAUGGGCCGACUUCACGCAACUUGCCAAAGAAAGCGAAUUUGCGGCAUGGACGCUUAUCCACGGCUAUACAAUGAACCAUCUUGCUUUUGCGGUUCAUCGAUUCAAACACCGAUUCAAGGACAUCAAUUGUGUCAAAGAGUAUCUUGAAGAAAAUGGGUUCAAACUCAACAGUGACGGAGGAAUUCUCAAAGUGAGUCAAGAUGGUCUACUGUUACAAGUCUCCUCCAUCUCAGAAAGGCUUGCGGUUGAAUUUGCUGAUGGAGUAACUGAAAUAAUCCCGGCAUCAUACAUUGAAUUCACUCAACGUCUAGUUCUUCCAGAGUUCAAAGACAUGCCGGUUGAUGAGAUCAAAGAAUAUCAUAGGCGUGAGGCAUUUGAACUCGAUAGUGCCAAUCACGUAAUGGAAAGCACACGUUUUGCAACACAAUUCUAGAACCAAAGUUGUUUUGUUCGGCUCAGUGUGUCAAGUUAGUGCAUGUGUGUGUUUGUAUGCAAUAUAUGUUUAAAUGUGUAAGUGUUUUAACUAGAUCUUCUGGUUGUUCUUUUAAAUAUUGUAAUAAUACAUCUUGUGAUGGUAUUAUUAAUAUGAGUGCCCAAUUUGUAAAAUGGAUCACAUGCAUGGCUGAUGAAUAUGGUUGUAAUAUAUGUUGGGGUUUUAAUUUGCUUUCAGUUGUAAUAGUUUGUUUGUAUGAAUAAUGUGAUUUAGUGUGUGUAUUAAUUUUUCAUUCAACACAAAACUGUUAGUCCAAACGUCUAA